GGCUAGAGAAGAUAAUUUUCUGAGGCAGUGAAGCUCCGCCUCGCGGCUUCCCGUCACUUGCCCCGCGGCAUCCAAAAGAGGAAGGCUCUUGCCCAGAAACAUCAGCGCAAGCCGACUCAUUGUGAUUCAUCUCGGUGACUCAGUGCACCUUGCGACACACGGACUGCCACAACUGCCAACAAUCGACAUCAACAAAGGGGUGGUCGCAGCCUUAUAAAUGCCUGUGCCGUCGCUUGUCACUGGUUGAGCCCUCCAAAAUAGCAUUUUUCACUCCCCGCUUUUUACGAAUUAACCACUUCUUCCUACGACCACAUCUCAUUACUGAACUCAGCUUUACAAGCCAAUUAUACUCCCACGAUGGUGGAACAGGAUCCCCAUCAGGUUGGCCAGCUCGUGCAGAGCUUAGAGGCUGCCUCUAAGAAGGGCAAGGGCAAAAAGACUUUUACCUGCAAAAAGUCAACCUUCGCUGUAGCCGGCUCGGACAACAUCCGUGUUGAUUCCUGGAAGUUCAUGGACUGGGACUAUAAGAGAGACGACCUGCCUACAUAUGCGCGUGGUUUGUUUACAACGAGGUUGAAAGAAGGGCGUCAUGAGAUUUGCACGCGAGGCUACGACAAGUUCUUCAAUGUCGAUGAAGUGAGGAAUACUAAAUGGGAAAGUAUUGAAAGCAGUACUCGCGGUCCUUACGAGCUGAGCGUGAAGGAAAAUGGAUGUAUUUUGUUUCUUUCUGGUUUGGAAGAUGGUACCCUCUUAGUGUGCAGCAAACAUUCGACGGGCAAGCGUGAUGACACUCCAUUGAGCCAUGCACAGGCUGGCGAGCGAUGGGUUGAGACACAUCUCCGCAAAGUUGGAAAGACUGUGCAAGAACUGGCUAUUGAGCUGAGACGCUUGAACGCCACUGCUAUCGGUGAACUGUGUGAUGAUGAGUUCGAGGAACAUGUUCUUGCAUACGACGAAGAGGCAGCAGGAAUAUAUCUCCAUGGAAUUAACUUCAACGUCCCAGAAUUUGCAACUCUGCCGAGCUCAGAGGUUCAUCAAUUUGCAGACAAAUGGGGUUUCAAGAAAGCCCAGUUCAUCGUCAUGGACGACAUCAAAGCAGUUAAAGAUUUCUUGGACAAAUGCGCUGAAACAGGAUCAUGGAAUGGACGAGAUACAGAAGGCUUCGUUGUUCGAUGCCAAAUAAGAGAAGGCUCGUCCGGCCCAUACAGAGAUUGGUUUUUCAAAUACAAAUUCGAGGAACCGUAUUUGAUGUAUCGGCAGUGGCGUGAGGUAACAAAGGCAGUCAUUGCAGGAAAACUACCCCAUAUCCGCAAACACAAGAAAAUCACAGAAGAGUAUCUACUCUACGCUCGGCGGCAGUUAGCAAAGGAUCCUAAACUCGCUAGACUCUAUAAUAGUAACCAUGGUAUUAUCGCCAUGCGAGACGGGUUCUUGAAAGAGAGAGGCUUAAAAGGGUCAGAGAUUAUUGCAAUGGACGCAAAAGAAGAGACUUCACGAAACGUCGUUCUUGUCCCUGUUGCAUCUAUCGGAUGCGGUAAAACCACUCUUGCUGUCGCACUGGUAAAGCUUUUCGGCUGGGGUCAUGUCCAGAACGACAAUCUGGCGAAACAGAAGAACAAACCAAGGCAGUUUGCACUCGAUGUUACGAAUGCGCUUGCCCUGAAUCCAGCCGUCAUUGCAGACCGCAACAAUCACUUGAAACGUGAAAGACAGCAGUUAAUAGAGGACGUAACGGCCGUUUUCUCGGAUGCCAAAUAUGUAGCACUCCAAUACGUCCACGAACCAAAGGGUUUCCUGUUAGAUGACAUUCGGCGGGUUACGAGAGAGCGCGUGCUAUCACGGGGUGACAACCAUCAGACUAUUCGUGCUGGAACCCAAGACACAAAGACGAUUAUUGGAAUCAUGGAGGGCUUUGUGAAUCGAUUCGAGGCAAUCGAUAGAGAUCGAGAUCCUGAUACGCACUUCGACGAAGUCAUCGACUUGGAUGUUGGAGCAUCUUCUCGUGAAAACCUAGAAAAAGUCGUCACCCGUCUACACGCUCUCUACCCAGGACUUAUCGAGCGAUUACCCAGUGGCGAAGAACUCGACGGAGCCAUUGAAGCCGCGCUCAACGAAUACCACGUCGACAAAGAUCUCAGCUGGGGCUACAAGAAGAACGAAAAACAAGACAAGAAAAACAAAGACAAAGGCAUCAACACUAGAUUCCAUAUCCAAGAUCCAACUAUCCUAGUCAAGAACAUCGAAUACAUCGGAAUCACCGUUCGAGGUACCGCAAUCCAGGAGCUCCUCUCCUCAAUAUUUCCCAAAGGCGGCCCACCCGAACGUGCCAAACUAUACAACCACCUCAUCAACGCCCGACGCAUCCAACCCGGAUUCCACGUCACACUAAUGCACCGUUCCCUCAACCAACAGCACCCCGAUGUCUGGAAGCAAUACACAGACCUCUACAUCCAACGCAUGAACGAACGCGACCCCGGCGAUCCCACAACCACGCCUAACUUGGCCGAGGCUCGAGUCCGCGUCGAGCGGCUGAUCUGGAACGACCAGAUCAUGGCCUUUGUCGUACGCCUUUUACCGGUGGACGCGGAAGACGGACGGGACGCGCAAUCUUGGCCCUGUGUCAACGCCGUACCACAUAUCACUGUCGGCACGGCAAGACCGGAAAUCAAACCAAAGCAAAGCAACGACAUGCUUCAGCAAUGGUUAGAGGAUGGGACGGGGUCGGAUACUGGAUUGUGGGAGGCCGAGAUUCCGGGAGUGAAGGUAUUGGAGGGGUCAAUUGUACCGGUCAUGAUGAGGGGUAGAUAGGGGCUAUCCAAAAGGAAUGUUUUAAGUGAAGAAAAGGAGUCGCUAUGGAAUGUGGCAUGGUGUAAGCCGGGUUGAUGGCCCAUUCAACGAUUUAUGAUAAUAAGUUUACUACGUAGCAUUAACCUAAGGACACCUGGUGCAACGCUUUAGUCCGUAUUAUUACAUCAACCAGCCACUCGUUUGCACGAGGAUCGAGAAAAGGGAGAACGUCUAU